AUGAGUGGGCUUCUGGGCACCAGGGCCUCCUCUGGUCCUGGAGAGGCCUCCCACCUUAAGUCCCCCUUAGACAACAGGACUAGGCAACCUCUCACCGAGACUCAGUUCCAGCAGCUCUUCGGGGAUGCUGAGCAGGAGCCUGAGCUGCCUGCGGAACCCUGUUUGCCCAGGCUGUGCAGGCUCUGGAGGUGGCCAGCCAGCACUUGCUCCUGGCUGGGGGCGUGGCGCCUGCUGCAGGCUCGGCUGCCCCCACUGCGCUGGCUACCUCAGUACCGCUGGCGGGCCUGGAUGCUGGGGGAUGCGGUGGCUGGAGUGACCGUGGGAGUUGUGCAUGUGCCCCAGGGCAUGGCUUUCGCCCUUCUGGCCUCGGUGCCACCCGUUUUUGGACUCUAUACUUCAUUCUUUCCAGUCCUCAUCUACAGCUUACUGGGCACUGGGAGACACCUGUCUACAGGAACGUUUGCAGUACUCAGCCUCAUGACAGGCUCUGCAGUGGAGCGCCUGGUGCCUGAACCUCUGGCAGGGAACUUUAGUGAAAGCGAGAGGGAACAAUUGGAUGCACAGCGAGUUGGGGUGGCAGCGGCUGUGGCCUUUGGGAGUGGGGUGCUGAUGCUGGGGAUGUUUGUGCUGCAGCUGGGCAUCCUGUCCAUCUUCUUAUCUGAGCCUGUGGUCAAGGCGCUGACCAGUGGCGCUGCGCUGCACGUGCUGGUGUCUCAGUUGCCAAGUCUUUUGGGAUUAUCUCUCCCCCGCCAGAUUGGCUGCUUCUCUCUCUUCAAGACGCUGGCCGCAGUGCUCACAGCACUACCCCAGAGCAGUCCGGCUGAACUGACCAUCUCGGCACUUAGCUUGGCGCUACUUGUGCCAGUCAAGGAAUUGAACGUGAGAUUCCGGGACAGGUUACCCGCUCCGAUCCCAGGGGAAGUUGUCAUGGUGCUUUUGGCCUCUGUGCUGUGCUACACCUCUUCCCUGGACACAAGAUAUAAUGUCCAAGUAGUAGGGCUGUUGCCUGAAGGAUUUCCCCAACCCCUUCUCCCCAGCAUGGUGGAGCUGCCCAGGAUUCUGGCUGACUCUCUACCCAUAGCACUGGUUACUUUUGCUGUGUCCACCUCUCUGGCCUCCAUCUAUGCAGACAAGUAUAACUACACGAUUGAUCCAAACCAGGAACUCUUGGCCCAUGGUGUCUCCAACCUUGUUUCCUCCCUCUUCUCUUGCUUUCCUAACUCAGCCACACUGGCUACGACCAGCCUACUAGCGGAUGCUGGUGGUAACACACAGCUUGCAGGCCUCUUCUCCUGCAUGGUGGUCUUGUCGGUGCUCCUGUGGCUGGGGCCCUUCUUUUACUAUCUGCCCAAGGCUGUCCUGGCUUGCAUCAACAUCUCCAGCAUGCGCCAGAUGUUCUUCCAGAUGCAGGAACUUCCUCAGCUAUGGCGUAUCAGCCGCAUGGACUUUGCCGUGUGGGUGGUCACAUGGGUGGCUGUAGUGACCCUGAACGUGGACCUGGGCUUGGCUGUGGGCGUGGUCUUCUCCAUGAUGACUGUGGUCUGCCGUACCCAGAGGGUGCAGUGUUUGGCACUUGGACUGGCUGAGGGGACUGAACUCUACAGACCACUCAGAGAGAGUCACAAGCUCCGGCAGGUCCCAGGUCUCUGCAUCUUGAGCUAUCCAACACCACUCUACUUUGGGACCCGAGGGCAAUUUCGACGCCUCCUGGAAUGGCACCUGGGGCUUGGAGGACAGGGCAAGCCUGUUGCUGACCCUGUCAGAGUGGUGGUCCUAGACUUCAGUGGUGUCACCUUUGCAGAUGCUGCUGGAGCCAGAGAAGUGGCACAGCUUGCCAGUCGAUGCCAGGAUGCUGGGAUCCACCUUCUCCUGGCUCAAUGUAAUGCCUCAGUGUUGGAGACGCUGACCAGGGCAGGACUUCUGAAUAGAAUGACCCCAGAACAACUCUUUGUGAGUGUGCAGGAUGCCGCUGCACAUGCCCUGGAGAGACUGGAGCUCACUGGCCAAAAGAUUUGCACAGUGUGGGUCUGACCGAAUCAUGUCAGUGUGGAUUGCCCCAGCAAUGUAUGUGAGAGGAGGGCUGUGGUCCCUGAGCCUUAUAUUUAAC